AACAACAAACAGCAGCAGCAACAGCAGCAGCAACAGCAGCAGCAGCAGCAGCAGCAGCAGGCACCGCAGCAGCAGCAGCAGCAAGCAGCAGCAGCAGCAGCAGCACAGCAGCCAGCAAGCAAGCCAGCAGCAGCAGCAACAACAGCCAGCAAACAACAACAGCAACAGCAGCAACAGCAGACAGCAGCAGCAGCUGCAGCAGCAGCAGCAGCAGCAACAGCAGCAGCAGCAGCAGCAGCAACAGCAGCAAGCAACAAGCACAGCAGCAGAGCAGCAGCAGAAGCAAGGCAACAACUGCAGCAACAAAAACAGCAACAGCAGCAACAAGCAGCAGCAACAGCAGCGCAGCAGCGCCAGCAGCUGCAGCAGCACAGCAACAACUGCAGCAACAACCAACAGCAACAGCAGCAACAGCGCCAGAAGCAGCUGCAACAGCAGAAGCAGCAGCAGCAGCAGCAAGCAGCAGCUGCAGCAGCAGCAACAAACGGCAGAAAACAAACAACAGCAAAAGCAGCAACAGCGCAGCAGCAGCAGCAGCAGCAGCAGCAGCAGCAGCAUGGGGCAAAAAAGGGGCCAGCAGCAGCAGCUCUAGAGAAUGGCGAUAUACGGGCCGCUAUAAGCAGGGAAAAUCGAGCAAUUCAUGCACACGAACUACGCGUGGUCAUGAAUAUGAGAGGUUGA